CUUCAUAUUCCUCUCUCUCUUUUCUCGUUGAACAUACAGAACUCCUGUCCACGUCCUUUACUCAUUCCUUCGCCAUUUCCGUCGCCGGCGAAAGCGACAUUCACCCACUUUUUCCCCUUGACAACGGGUACAGAACAAUAACGGCAUCAGUCUGACGCCAUGCUUGACCCAGGGGAAGGUCCAGCAGCAUUCAACCCCGACCUGACGGAAUUCCCUGCCUUCACAUUCCCGCCACCGCCCACAAAGCCAGGCCAGGUGAUCCUCAACCGAUUCGUCCUUUACGAAACCAAAACCAGGUUCUUCAUCGUUGGUACAAAUGCACCUGCAGGAACCCGCUUUCGAGUCCUCAAGAUCGACCGAACCACAGCACCAGACGAACUAAGUAUCACUGAGGAUGAAGCCGUCUAUACCAAAUCCGAAGUCGACGAUUUACUGGAGAUGAUUGCCAACGGCAACAAGUCCACAGGAGGAAUGCGUGAGAUCGCCAAGUUCUAUGGGAUUGUGGGCUUCGUGCGGUUUACCGAGGGCUACUAUCUCACCAUCAUCACGAAACGGAGCCCUGUAGCACUGAUUGGCGGACAUUAUAUCUUUCACAUUGACGCGACCUCGACUAUUUCGAUUCAUUCGUCCACCACACCGACGUCAAAGCUGGACAAGAACUCGGAUGAGGCGCGGUACCUGCAAAUGUUCCAGAUGGUUGACUUGACAAAGAACUUCUAUUUCUCGUACUCGUACGAUAUCACCAGGACGCUGCAAUGGAACAUGACGAGGAAUCAUCAGAUCGAAGGGCGAAAUAGGAUGUUUGUGUGGAACUCAUAUCUCUUGGAGGGCGCAUUUGGAGAACAGACGGGCAUUGAGAACCAGUGGGCGCUACCUAUCAUGUAUGGAUUUGUCGACCAGUCAAAACUGUCAAUCCUCGGCCGAAAUGUGUACGUGACGCUGAUUGCGCGAAGAUCUCGCUUCUUCGCCGGUGCUCGAUUUCUGAAGAGAGGUGUCAACGACAGGGGAUAUGUCGCGAACGACGUCGAGACCGAGCAAAUUGUGUCUGAAAUGUCGACCACAUCGUUCUACGGAGCAGGUUCCUUGAAUGCCAACCCUAAUCACACUUCCUUUGUACAACACCGCGGAUCAAUUCCUCUGUACUGGACUCAGGAUGGAACCAAUAUGUCACCGAAGCCAGCUAUUGAGCUCAAUGUAGUUGAUCCCUACUUUUCAGCAGCAGCAUUACAUUUCGACGACAUGUUCAGACGCUAUGGCGCGCCCUGCAUCGUGCUGAACCUGAUCAAGGCCAAGGAGAAGACGCCACGAGAGUCGCUCCUGCUGAAAGAGUUUUCAGAGUGCAUAGAGUAUUUGAACCAGUUCCUACCAGAGGACAAGAAGAUUUGGCAUAUCAAAUGGGAUAUGUCGAGGGCGUCCAAGAGUCCUAACGAGAAUGUGAUUUCGGUUCUUGAGAUCAUUGCGGACAAAACAUUCGCGCAAACAGGGUUCUUUCACAGUGGCUUCAACCAGGAAGCAGGAGCUCGCAACAAAAAGACUUUAAUUUACGGAUCAGGAUUGCAGAACGGUGUUGUGCGAACGAAUUGUAUCGACUGUCUGGAUCGAACGAAUGCCGCGCAAUUCAUCAUUGCAAAGUGUGCUUUAGGACAUCAGCUCUACUCACUAGGACUGAUUGCGGAACCAGUGGUGCCAUUCGACUGCGAUGUGGUCAACAUGUUGACGGAGAUGUACCACGAUCACGGUGAUACGAUUGCACUCCAGUAUGGAGGGUCACAUCUGGUCAACACCAUGGAAACAUACCGAAAGAUCAACCAGUGGACGAGCCACAGUCGUGACAUGAUUGAGAGUAUCAGACGAUUCUACAGCAACAGCUUUGUUGAUGCUGAAAAACAAGACGCCAUGAACUUGUUCCUGGGCAACUAUCGUGUGCGAAAGGGCACCGGUCCUGCGCUCUGGGAGCUCCCUGGAGAUUACCAUCUGCACAACAUUACCGAUCCGGAGCUGAAAAAGAUUCGAAAGAGCUAUAUCAGGUGGUGGACACCCGAUGCAUUGCUACCCCAGGAUGCAUUAGCGCGAAAAAGUUUCCAGGAGGCACAGGAACGCGAUCUGGCACAGUUCAGACUUCACGAUGCUGGAUACGAUGGAUACGAUGGACCAUUUGGGAGUGAAUUCGAGGGCGAAUAUUUUGAUGGGGAUCCGGAGCGGGAGCAAGAUCAGGUCCAAGACAACACCGAAGACUUGGCAAGGGAAGGCAGUAUGGCAGACUUGAAGCCGUCCAGUCGAGACGGCACCAGACAGGACGAUCAUAUUGAAAAUCUACGGUCAGAAGAUGAGGAUGAUCUGUCAGGGAACACGAUAAAGGCGUUCGGAACGGACGGUCGAGUAGACAGCAUGGAGUCUAUGCUAUCUGCCCAAUCGUAUCAAUCACAUCCCAAUCAGGGUACAGCAAUCACAGAUGCGGACAGACGGCGUUCGAGUCUUGCGCUCUCAAAAAUCUCCUCUGUACAUUCAAUAUCGAGUAUGCAAAGCGGAAGCCAAGGAUUCUCUCAGCCUGAUUCUGGGAUACGCGCCUCCCGCUCCAAUCCUAACAUUUCUUCCAUCCAGGCAGACGGCGAAAUGAGCGAAUCUAGGUCUGGGUGUGAGUCUUCACUAGAUGGAAGUUUGUUGGAUUUCAAGGAGAGGAUUGUGGCGCCUUUAAAUCUACACAAAGAUCCCUCGAGAUCAGGAACUGCUCCUAUAUCUUCCGCGUCUUCUAUCUCAUCUUUGCGCCGAUGUCAGCAGUUGCGGAGCUCUGCCUCGAGGUCUUCCCUUGCUGCCUCUUCCAUCAAUGGCAACGGCUGGUCAACAAGGUCGGCUCAUUUAUCAAGGGGAGAGCGUUUUGUUCACGACGAGUUUGAUGCUUGUGACGACACCGGCGAAGAUCCAACGUCUGCCUGGGAGGAGUAUUGGGAUGAAUACUAUCGCCCAAAGGUCCAGACGUCUUUCCAACGACUGUUUGCGUACAACAUGAACUCGACCAACCGAUAUAUACCACCCAAUAUCAAGAAAACAUCAGAGCAGAGUCCAUUCGAAGUAAGGCAGAACCAUAGCAUUCCUUCGCAAGCCGAACUCAACGCCAAGGCAGCUGCGAAAUCUGAAAAGACGUCUAUGCUGAACUGGCUGGGGUUGACCGGCAACAACAGCAACAAAAACAACGGCAAUACUAAUACCAACAACAAGAAGCAGCAUAACUCCAAGACGUCGUCGGGAUACGCCAACGGCUCUAAGACGCUGCCUCUGAGCACAGGACGCAAAAAGGGAUUUCUAUCGAGCCUUGAUGACGAUCCAGCAGUUCAAAAGAAGAGCAGCAAUAAACUCAAGGACGGUAUCGCACAUCAUGCUCGCGGUAGUCGUUUAUCGAUCGCUUCAUAUCCGGCAUCGGGGAAUGCAGAAUUCGACGAGAAGGCUGCCACUGCAUCGGGCAGUGAUAGCUCCUUUACUACGGCUGCCCUUAGGGCGCAACAGCAACCAGAUGGAAAAGUUCGUCUACCUGCCCACGUACCCCGGUCCAAGGAUGAGGAAUGGGAGCUGACAAAAAACGUUUGGACCAACUUGCCGCAGUUUGCCAUCCACGAUUCCACGUAUACGCCAGGGCCUGAAAAGAAGAGUCCUGGAACUUUGGAGGACAAACUAGUUGGUACACAAGAGGCGGCAAAGGAUGGGUCGUCAACUAUCAUAGCGGCCUCCACAGAGGUGGGAGGUAAAGGGAGGUCGCAUCUGGAGGAGAUGAUCAAGCGCUCACUACAACCAGAUGUUACCUUGCACGAGACGAAGGAGUACAAGAGAUAUACCCAGCAGUUCAAGUCGAUCAGGUUUGACUCUGUACCGACUAAAGGGGCUGCCUCUUAUGGAAUUAAUGCCAUUUCCACCGGCCAAAAGGACGAGUUAUCCAUUGACACCAACGCGCUACCCAGUUCUGGAAUUGUCCCUAGCGGAUUCGCUAGCAUGCAGCAGCAGCAACAGCAGCACGGGAACAAAGAGCUUGGGAAACCGUCGACAGAGUCUUCGUCAAAUAGCCUACCUAAACUGGUGGGAGGUAAUCAACAACAGAACGGAAGUUCUUUAACAUCAACUACGACCAUCGGCAAUAUGGAGUUGAACGAAGAAGAGGAGUUCUACUAUGCAGUUUCGCGCGCCGGGGCCAGCCAGGGCGGAAAAAUGCAGAUAAUGACGUCCAACGGUAGUAUGAACCCGAACAGCCACAUGCAGCUUGCUAACAGAGCAUCGCCAACCUUACCGCUGGUCGUUUCGCCUCUUUUGUCGCGAACAGAUUCCACGCUGUCGCCUGCUGUGGCUGCUAGUCGGCGACAACUAGAAUGGGGUGACGGGACGAGGCAGGAUGAAGCCGAGAAUGAAGACGAGAUUGACUACAGCCGUUACUUGCCUGAACCCCCGAUCCUACUAGCGCCUGUACAAACUAUCAUCAAGCCCCCAAGCGAGUCAGAGAUGGUGCUGUAUAACGCGCAUGUGGAACUGCCCAAGCUGACACUAUACACUGUUGGGCAGACGAGUUUGAAUCCUUAUUGGGGCGCGAGUACUGGAACUAGAGCUCGAUAUGAUGCGUACAUGAUGUGGAUCAUGAAGGGCCGAUAUGGCAAUAUGACCAUGCCGUCAGCUGGAGGAGGAAGUGGCGGUGCGAACGGCAAUAGCCAUGGCAACGGUGUUACGGGGUCGAAUAGUGCGUCCGCUGGAGGCGCCGUGUUUGCAGGGCGCUCUACUGGUGCGGGAACACAUCCACCGCUACGACGAGGGAGCAGCGCGAUCUAUCCUACUGUCGGAGAAAACGACGGCCUCAAUCUGGGAGGGAUCAAGGCUGCUGGAACUGUAGCUGGAGUUGAAGCUGGAACGGAGACAGGGUCACCGACAAAUGGGGCCGCUAGCAAGGAACAGUUGUUGCACCAGUACCAGCAGCAACAGAUACAGCACACGCUAUUGCAGCAGCAACGGAAAGGAUUGAGCGGCCUCAGCCUUGGUUUAGCAUAACUAGAAGCAAUAAAAAUAUUCAGGAGUACAUUAAGCACA